AUGAAUACGAGUCGAAGUAAAAUGCUAGUUAGAUUGUCAAAACAAAAUAUUAAACAUUAUAAUAACACAGACUCAGUUACUGUUGUGUCCAAUGUGAUAAAUGACUGUAUAGAAAAAGAAAAUAGAAACCGCAAUAAUCACAAUGAGUAUGAAAAUUACCUUCAAGAUGAUUUAGGAUCAAGAAACUUUAUAAGUCCUAUCAUUCCAUUAAGUGAGUCUCAACUUAAUGAAUGCAUUUCAGAAGAAUUAGGAGAAAGAGUUUACGCCCAACUGGUACCGGCAUUAAUUUGUGAUAAGAAUUUAGACGUCUCAAAUAUUUCCACAGAAGAUUUUCACCAAUUUCGCAUAUUCAUGACCUUGGGAUAUACAAACGAUGAAGCUGUGCAAUCAGUCUUGAAAAAUAACUAUCUAGAGAGUAAUAAAAAUCCGAAGAUAAGCGCUACACCCGAUCUUCGAGGACGUCGAUAUGCACCAUCUAACAAGUUUCCACCGGAGUAUGAAAAACGAUUAGAAGAAUUUAUUAUGAAAUACAACCCUGUUCCAUCACAUUACAACAUUAGCCAUGCGCCGAACCGAAAGUAUUUGCCUAUAGCAGGAUUACCUCAAGAUAUGUGCACUAAAUGUAAAAAUCAUAAAAUAGCUUAUGAGAUACUAUUCUUGUACUGUGAAGAGUGUAAAAUGAUAGGCCAACACUUAGAAAAUAAACGCAAUUCACGAAGAUAUUUAAGUUUAGCAGAAGAUCGAAGUAAUAAUUCGGAAGGAAAGGAAGCUAUGUUCACCGUCGACAUGCAAAAAGCUAUAUGCAUGCCACUUCUUAGAACGAAAGAUUAUUAUUUUUCAAGAAAACUUGUUCUAUUUAACGAGUCAUUUGUGCCGCCUGGUAAAAAUAAAAAUGCUGUAUGCAUCCUGUGGCAUGAAGGCGAAAGCGGCAGGAAAGCUUACAACAUAGCAACCACAUAUGUUCAUUUCAUAAGAAAAUAUUGCAGGGACCUACACCAUUUAAACUUCUUUUUGGACAAUUGCAAUGCUCAAAAUAAAAACAAAAUUCUUUUUUCUGCAUUAGUCAGAGUUGUAAACGAUAGAAAAACUGAUAUUCAAACAUUAAAAUUAGAAUAUUUUGAACCGGGCCAUACAUUUAUGGCUGCGGAUGCAGUUCACGCUGCUAUAACAAAAAAAUUGAAAACAUCAGGUGAUGUUUAUGACAUUGAAUUUUCGUUACAAAUAUCAAGGAGUCAAGAAAAAACCUUGAUGUCGACGUGCUCCAGCACAAAGAUAUGGUACUUUUUACGAAUGACUGUAAAACUUACACUUCCAAAAGACUGGAACAUCCAAAAUUUAAAAAUUAUUGAGUUUCGAAGAGGUAAACUCUCCAUGUUUGCCAAAAAUGAUUACAAUGGGGAAUUUAAAGAACUAAAUAUUUUAAAGAAAAAGGUUGAAAGAGAUUUAAGAAAGAAAAUGGGUGAAGAGAUCUUAUAA